GUGCGCCUGCGCAGCAACAGCCGCCUGCCCCUGUGCCGCCUCCCCCUUCUCCCUAAGCACCUUCCCUUCCCUUCCCCUCCCCCGUCCCCUGCCCUGCCCGGCCACCCUUCCCGCCCCGUAGGCCCUUCCACGGGGUCGCCCCAGCCCCUGUCCUUCCCCUGCCCCGCCCCCGCCCCCCAGGACCCUGGCGCCCCAGCCGCAAGGGCUGCGCCUGCGGGAGCCGCGAUGUGCGUCGUCUCAGAGCCUGUGGGCCUCCCUGCCCUCCAUGCCCUCCGUCUCCUCCGCGCAGGUCUCCUCUUUCAGAAUGACGCUGGACGUGGGGCCGGAGGAUGAGCUGCCCGACUGGGCCGCGGCCAAGGAGUUCUACCAGAAGUACGACCCUAAGGACGUGAUUGGCAGGGGCGUGAGCUCUGUGGUCCGCCGCUGCGUUCAUCGAGCUACCGGCAAUGAGUUUGCAGUGAAGAUCAUGGAGGUGACCGCUGAGCGGCUGAGCCCCGAGCAGCUGGAGGAGGUGCGGGAAGCCACACGGCGAGAGACACACAUCCUGCGUCAGGUCGCCGGCCACCCCCACAUCAUCACUCUCAUCGAUUCCUACGAGUCUUCUAGCUUCAUGUUCCUGGUGUUUGACCUGAUGCGGAAGGGGGAGCUGUUUGACUACCUCACGGAGAAGGUGGCGCUCUCAGAGAAGGAAGCCAGGUCCAUCAUGAGGUCUCUGCUGGAAGCAGUGAGCUUUCUCCACGCCAACAACAUUGUGCACCGAGACCUGAAGCCCGAGAACAUCCUCCUGGAUGACAACAUGCAGAUCCGACUUUCGGACUUCGGGUUCUCCUGCCACUUGGAACCCGGCGAGAAGCUUCGAGAGCUGUGUGGGACCCCAGGGUACCUGGCUCCCGAGAUCCUCAAAUGCUCCAUGGAUGAAACCCACCCAGGCUACGGCAAGGAGGUUGACCUCUGGGCCUGUGGGGUGAUCCUGUUCACACUCCUGGCUGGCUCCCCGCCAUUCUGGCACCGGCGGCAGAUCCUGAUGCUGCGCAUGAUCAUGGAGGGCCAGUACCAGUUCAGCUCGCCUGAGUGGGAUGACCGGUCCAACACCGUCAAAGACCUGAUCUCAAGGCUGCUGCAGGUGGAUCCUGACGAGCGCCUGACAGCCGAGCAGGCCCUGCAGCACCCCUUCUUUGAGCGUUGCCAAGGCAGCCAGGCGUGGAGCCUCACGCCCCGCCAGCGGUUCCGGGUGGCUGUGUGGACCGUGCUGGCUGCGGGACGAGUGGCCUUGAGCGCUCACCGCGUACGACCACUGACCAAGAGUGCCCUGUUGAGGGACCCCUACGCCCUGCGGCCGGUGCGGCGCCUCAUUGACAACUGUGCCUUCCGGCUCUACGGGCACUGGGUGAAGAAGGGGGAGCAGCAGAACCGGGCGGCCCUCUUCCAGCACCGGCCGCCGGGGCCAUUUCCUGUCCUGGGCCCCGAGGAGGAGGGGGACUCAGCCGGUGUCACCGAGGAUGAGACUGCACUGGCGCUGGGCUAGGCCCUCAGCCCCAGGCGAUCCGAGGAAGCAGGACUCCCCAGGAAGUCAUUCCAGCCCACUGGGCUCUUGGCCUCAGGCCCGCCACUGACCAUGCCACUCUGAGAGACUCCAGUCCUGUGCACCUGCCUCGCUGGCCAGGGCUUGGAGAGCAGAGCUGGCGCGGGAAGGAGCUACCGCAAACACCAUGCCUGGCCUUGUCAGGGCCACCCAUGCUGUGCAUGAAAUAAAACCGUCUCCACGCAGGGAGAGCAGGCA